GACCUACAUACAGUAGGUUAAACAAUUGCCUAGAGAAGCUGAGCUUCACUCUGAAUCCACUCUCUCUGCCUGCAACAUUCAACUCGGUCACCAUGCCUGGGAUUAUAUUUCUUCUGCAGUUUAUAAUGGCUGUCAUCAUGCUGCCUGCUCACAUCCUUAAUUAUUUCGGCAUUUGGGAUUCAUUUAUUAGGAAACGGUUUCCAUUUUUCAUGAACAUUUUCUCUGACAUCUACAACAAAUUUAUGGAGGAUCAGAAAAGAAGACACUUUAGCAAUAUCUCUGACUUUUCAUGCGAUUCCAAAGAGCUCAGGCUCCUAGAGCUUGGCUGUGGCACAGGUGCAAACUUCAAAUUUUAUCCCAGGGGCUGCAAAGUGACCUGCUUGGAUGUCAACCCGAACUUCCAAAAGUUCCUGAGCAAAAGUCAAGCAGAAAAUGACCACCUGACCUACGAUCGCUUUUUGGUAGCAUCUGCUGACAACAUGACGCCUGUGGCUGAUGGCUCUAUGGAUGUUGUUGUGUGCACGUUGCUGACUUGUUCUGUGCUUAACACACCAGCUGUACUGAAAGAGAUCCAGAGAGUCCUCCGGCCGGUCAAUUCGUACUGCUGGAUCCAUUGGGAGAAAAAGGAAGUAAUUGGCGAAACUGAGGCGUGGAUUCCCUGAAGUAAUGAUGAAUACCAGGACUACAGCCAUUGUGUGGAUGAUAUUAAUCCUUGGCGACCAAUUUCGGAUGGAACCUAUCAUCAAGUCGGGACCAUCAUCGGGAAUAAUGUUACAAGAUGCUCCGGGAUUCUUAUUGGUAGAAAAGAAGAUUCUAUCACAGAAAAUUUUUGUAAAUUUGGAUCCCAGAACCUUUAUUGAGAGAAGAUAUAAUACUUCACAAUUUCAGUUGGAAGAGAUGCAAGAAUGGUACCAGGUCCAUAUGAAUCGAGCUCAAAUGAGAGUACAGGAUAUUUUGGAACAUGCAAGGAAACCCUUUAUUCUACAAACUAUGUCCCGGAAUGAACGACCCAAAAGAUUCCUUGGGUUUUUAAUUGCUAGUAUUGUUUUUACUACAUUAGGAAUGGUGGUGGCUACUACAACCUCAGCAGUUAAUUCAAUUUCCGUUAAGACUUUACAAGCAGAAGUGGGAAAUUUGAAGGAAAAUAUUGAACUCCUAUAUCAGGAGAUUGAGGUCCAAAAGGCGAACAUGGGAAAAUUAAUGGACGUCGUAAAUAAUAUUAUUGUAACCUCAAAUCUUCACUCCGAAUUAAUUUCACAUUCUACUAAAUUACAUCAGAAUCAUGAACGAUUUAAAUAUGAACUUUUAUUUAUAAAAGAUGCAAUUAUGUUCCACACAUUAUCAUUUUUGAAUGAAAUACAAACCGGGAUGAGUGACUUAAUUCAGGGUCGUGUGCCAUUAUAUUUUGUUUCACGGGACGUGAUAAGGAAAAUGUUUAAUGAAUUAAGUGAAGAAGCCAUGGAAGAAUUCCACAUUAAUUUAUCCUUUGAGAUGGGAAGUGCAUUACCAUUAUAUAUCGAUCCCGAAAGAAUGGAGAUUUGUUUUUUAUUAUCAAUACCGGUUGUAGAUGAUAAAAACAUAUUCCAGAUGAAAUACAUUCAUAAUGUAGGGACGUAUCAAAAUGAUUUAUAUUUAAAAAUACAAACUCCGGAAAUCAUUGCUUAUCGAACGUCCGAACCCGAGGUGUUUUCCAUACCUAUGUUAAAUGAAUGUGUAAAAUUUAAAGAUAAUAAUUUUCAAUGUGAUGGGAAGCCAUUUGUGUAUGAUGCAUCACAAGCAUUAUGUGGAUUAGAUUAUGUAAAAUAUGGAUCCGAAAAAUGUAAAGUAACUAUUAGUAAAACUGAGGAAAAGAGUGUACGAGCCAUUUUAGUAGGAAACAAAUGGUUAGUAAGUACCAAUGAAAAGGAAGCUAAUGUGUAUUAUAAGGAACUAAUACAGAAUAGAAAGAUCUUAUUACCCACUUCAGUUAUUCUAGUUCAAGUACCUAAGAAUG